AUGGAGUUUGGCAUUAGAAAAGAACGUAUAGCGUCUAUUUUCUCAAGCAAAGGUGCUAUAUCUGUGUUGUCUAUUCUGAUCCCUUUACCAACUACUUCGUUCAGGAUCACUUUGUCAAUUACGUCUUCGUUCAGGAUCCCUUUGCCAACUACGUCUUUGUUCAAGAUCCCUUUGCCAACUACGUCUUCGUUCAGGAUCCCUUUGCCAAUUACGUCUUCGUUCAAGAUCACUUUGUCAACUACGUCUUCGUUCAAGAUCAUUUUGUCAAUUACGUCUUCGUUCAGGAUCCUUUUGCCAAUUACGUCUUCGUUCAGGAUCCCUUUGCCAAUUACGUCUUCGUUCAAGAUCACUUUGUCAAUUACGUCUUCGUUCAGGAUCCCUUUGCCAACUACGUCUUUGUUCAAGAUCCCUUUGCCAACUACGUCUUCGUUCAGGAUCCCUUUGCCAAUUACGUCUUCGUUCAAGAUCACUUUGUCAACUGCGUCUUCGUUCAGGAUCACUUUGUCAAUUACGUCUUCGUUUAGGAUCCCUUUGCCAACUACGUCUUUGUUCAAGAUCCCUUUUCCAACUACGUCUUCGUUCAGGAUCCCUUUGCCAAUUACGUCUUCGUUCAAGAUCACUUUGUCAAUUACGUCUUCGUUCAGGAUCCCUUUGCUAACUACGUCUUUGUUCAAGAUCCCUUUGCCAAUUACGUCUUCGUUCAAGAUCACUUUGUCAAUUACGUCUUCGUUCAGGAUCCCUUUGCCAACUACGUCUUUGUUCAAGAUCCCUUUGCCAACUACGUCUUCGUUCAGGAUCCCUUUGCCAAUUACGUUUUCGUUCAAGAUCACUUUGUUAACUGCGUCUUCGUUCAGGAUCACUUUGUCAAUUACGUCUUCGUUCAGGAUCCCUUUGCCAACUACGUCUUCGUUCAGGAUCCCUUUGCCAAUUACGUCUUCGUUCAAGAUCACUUUGUCAAUUACGUCUUCGUUCAGGAUCCCUUUGCCAACUACGUCUUUGUUCAAGAUCCCUUUGCCAACUACGUCUUCGUUCAGGAUCCCUUUGCCAAUUACGUCUUCGUUCAAGAUCACUUUGUCAACUGCGUCUUCGUUCAGGAUCACUUUGUCAAUUACGUCUUCGUUCAGGAUCCCUUUGCCAACUACGUCUUUGUUCAAGAUCCCUUUGCCAACUACGUCUUUGUUCAAGAUCCCUUUGCCAACUACGUCUUCGUUCAGGAUCCCUUUGCCAAUUCCGUCUUCGUUCAAGAUCACUUUGUCAACUACGUCUUCGCUCUGGUUCCAUUUGCCAACUACGUCUUCGUUCAAAAUCACUUUGCCAACUGCAAUAAAUGACUGCUUAGAAAAGAUUAACUGUGGUUCCAACAACUCCUGGCACACAGUAAGCGUUUCGAUUGUACUGCCAUCAGCCAGUGAAAUUCUUCCACGCAGGUAUAUUACUCCACGUUUCGGUUUUGUGCCCAGGACAUAA